UUAUACGGCCAUUGGUCGAAUUACGUAUCCCUGGCUAGGCUGUGCAGUUUUUUUGGGUGAAAAUAAUUGUGAUAAUUUCAUGGAAAAAAGCUCGUUUUCAAGCGAUAUUUAGCAGGAUUUAACGUAUCACAUUGUUGAAGUAUUAAAUAUUGUGCUUGAAAUGUGUAUAAGAACUAGAAUUUUAUAAACAAAAAGUAAGAAAAAAUUACAGUUCAUCGUUGAAGAAAACGGGUGCAAACGAAGAAAACGACCACGAAGACGGCAAAAAUUGCAACUUUUUCGUCGUCGGGUAAAAGCAAGCGAAGGAAAAGAUAUAUUCGCCACAGCUUCUUUGGGAAAUUGUAAUAAUUUCAGGGUAAAAGAAGACUAAAAAAAAUCAAUUUCACCCGUACCGUACCCGUUGGCAUUCGUGUGUGCGUGCGUGUGAGUGUUCGUUUUAAUGUGAGCAAAUUCUCACCGAAGCAAACACACUAUUGUUGUUGCUGUUUAAAUUGUAAGAGAGCGAAAAGUUAAAUUGGGAAAAGCAAGCAGGCAAGCAAGCCACAGAGACAAAAGAAACGAAAAAGUGACACGCAACAAACUUAAAAGAACAAAAAAGCCAAAACGAAAUUAAUAAAAUCAUCAGUAAAUAAAAGACAGCAACAAAACAAUAUUGAAAAAAUAUCACAACGCGGUGUGGAAGAGUGUGGAUUUUUCAACAAAAAAUACAUUGGGAAAACGGAUUAAAAUACAAUAAAGAGGAAAACAAAAAGUAUUCCUUGCCACUGUCAUCAUGGAUAUGCCACCAGGACGUUCCAUUUACAGUCCCGAUGAGGAGUUGAAACAAUUACGACCACCCAAAACAUAUCGACCACCAGCUGAUGCCCAACAACAACAGCAGCAGCAGCAGCAACAGCAACAACACCAGCAAGGAAAGCCAACAACUGCCGCUGAUCUUCUUCUUCAACAAGGGAAAUUGUCGAUUAAUGCAAUGGAAUUUGUGCCACGUUAUCCCGUACAAAUACCACACAAUAAUGUGCAGGAUCGUUUGACCCGCAUCCAGCAACAGUAUAUACAAGAAAACUAUCCUCAGCAACAGCAGCAGCAGCAACAACAACAGCAGGCGCAACAGUAUAACCAACAACCAUCCUAUGCCAAUGGCUAUGGAGGCGGUUAUCAACAACAACAACAAUCAUUGAAUCAACAAUUCGGUUCCAUGAGUGUUCAGGAUCGUUUACAUCGUUCCAAUAACAGCGCGAGCGGUUCGAAUGCGUCGAACAACAGCAACAACAGCACUUUCUAUCCCCAGCAACGCGAAUAUCAACCAAAUCAGUCGUAUCAUCGCAACAACAAAUACCAUCACCACAACCACAAUAAUCACCAUCAUCACAACAAUCAGCAGUCGCGUUACAACAAUCAUCACUACAAUCAACAGAAUCAUCAGCAGUACCACAACAAUCAUCAUAAUCAUCAUCAUCAACCACGGAACCAGCCCUAUUCACAGCAGCAGCAGCAGCAAGCGCAAUACUCAAAUCAGGCAGCUGGUGCAGGAGCGGGAGCGGCCGCAGCCGCUGCUGCUGAUGCCGCACCCGAUAUGCAAAACAUUGCUUUGGACUAUUUACAAACUGUGAUCCAAUGUCUCAAUCAAAAUCCCGGCCAGUUUGAUACCAUUGCCCCCCGAUUCAUUAACAUCUUCGAUGGCAUGGAGAGCAAUCAUUAUGUCCUGUCCAUUGCCAUGGAGGAUAUAUUCGAAGAAUCCAUUAAGAAUCCCAAUUUCCGUUAUAUGGGCGCCAAACUGUAUAACCUGUUGCACAUGUUUAAUCCCUCCAAGGAUUCAUUGUUCCACACCUUGCUCAAAUGCAAAUUGGACUUCCAUCAGGAUGAGAUCAAAAACUAUAUGCAGAGUAAUCAACAGGGCAAGGUGAGAGAGACGGCCCUCUUCCUGGCUGAACUCUAUAUGCAGCUGAGGGGCGAUGAUACACGCCUUUAUUUGAUUGCCGAGAACAUUGUGUAUUCGUUGAAACAGUUGUUGGAACAUGUGGUGGCCGAGAAUGUACGUUGCAUUUGCUUAACCCUUAAAUUGGCCGGUUACGAUUUGAGUACAGACUGUCCCGAGGAAAUGAAGGAGAUCAUUGCCAGCCUAGAACGCAUUAAUGCCGAAAAUCCGGGUAAAUAUCCGUUGGCCAGUAAUGUUAUAUCACUGCAAAAGAACAAUUGGGGUCGCAAGGCACCCGGCAGUGAGGGUUUGGGUGAGGGUGAGUCUUCCAAGCCAGCAGAGCCACCACGUCAAAGUGAUGAUCCGGUGUUCUAUGGUCCCGAUGGUCGUGAAAUCACUGCCGAAGAAUGUGAAUUCUUGACGAAUGGGGCCUCGGGCGCCAAUGGUGGUUCCACCGAUAAUGAUGAUGAUAAUGAUUUGGAUGAUUUGGAUCCGGAAAUGGAUGAGGAGACUGAAAGGGAUUAUAAACUGUUUCUUAAGCAGGCCAAUAAUUCAUAGGUUAACUAAAAGACUAUGAAUUAGUAUGGAUGGCAGAGAAGAUGAUGAUGAAGAUAAUAUACGAUGAUUAUUAACUAAACCUCCCAAUAUAAACUACAACAAAAAGGAACACGACGAAGAAGAAGAAGAAGAUGACGACGAUGAUGAUGAUGAAAGUGAAAGUGAACGACAACAAAAAACCAAGUAUCUGCUAAAAAAAAUGGCCAAUAGACUGCCUGCUUUUUGUGGCAAUGCAAAAAGAGUAAAAAAUACUAUUUAAGGUUAUGAAGGUUAUUCAAAGCAUAUCUCUUCCCCCUGCCCGCCCGCCCGCAAGCCAACCAGCCAGCUUCCUUGUUACCAUAUAAUUUCCUUUUUUUUCAAUUCCCCUAUAUCCUAUUCCGCUGAAAUUACAGUUUGCCCCCCGGCCAACACCACUUUAAGUAGUUGGCGAAAAAAAAAACUUUAAAAAAUUAAAAUCAGAAAAAAAUUUAAAAAAUUAUUUAAGAGAAAACUUAACCCCCAUUGAAAACAAAAAAAAUGUGAUGUUAUAAUCUGCAAACAGACAAAAAAAAGAAACGAAAACAUUUUAAAUUUAAUGUGAUAUUAUGCUACUCUUAAUCUCUCUCUCUUUCUCGCACUGUCUCCCUAUACUUCUAACUAUUUGUUGUUAACUCGGGCUUUAUCUUUUUUUUUUUUUGCAUAAUUUAAGGAAAUUUACAACCAAUUUUUAGGGACUUGUAAAAGAAUUUGAGAUCCUCAAAGAAGGAGGGAUAAACCAAGCUCUUCGGAUUGGAAAUCGUUGUUAAAAAAUACCUCUAAACUUUGAGAUUAUGUGUCUCCAAAUGAUCCCCUUUCCAUAGGGGGUAACCCUAGUUUUUCCAAUUGGAAUUCACUGCAAAAAAUUUUUUUGAAGAUUAAAUGAAUGGGGCAAGACCUUCGAACCCCAAGACCUCGAAAUUAAGUGCCUCAAAAGAGACCCUUUCUAUCCAUAUAUUUUCAUAAUUGUUAAGUGCCAAUGCUUCUCUCUCUCUCUCCCUUUUUAAGGAUUCCACAAAAACAAUUGAGCCUUACAAUCAUUACCAAAAGCCCCAUCUUCUUUAGCCUUUCAAUUGGAAUUCGUUUCUAAAAAUAUGCAACUCCCUCCAAUACUUCGAGAUUAAAUGUCUCCAAAUGCCCUCUCCCCCCAUCCGAUAAGGGGAUAACCCAAGUUCUUCCAUUUGGAAUUCAUUGCUCAACAAUUUUUUCAAGACUAAAUGAAUGGGGCAAGACCUUCGAACCCCAAGACCUCGAAAUUAAGUGCCUCAAAAUAGACCCCUUUUAUCUAUCAUUUCAUCAUUGUUAAGUGCCAAUGUCUCUCUCUCUCUCGCCCUUUUUAAGGAUUCCACAAGGAUUAUUGAGCCCAUCUUCUUAAGCCUUUCAAUUUAAAUCCUUUUCCUGAGGAGAUCAACUCUCAGUAGAAGACCACUGGAAGGCUUCCUUUGAAAUGUUUUUGAGGUCUAGAGACUAAAUAAAAAAAGUUUGUUUAUCCACAGAAAAAAAAAAACACUUUAUUCUCUUUUCUGUUCUUUGGACGUCUGCAAUGCAUAGAAAUGAAAAGUCAAAUUAUGUUCUAAAAUAUAAGGGAGCCCUUAAAGUUCUUAUUUCCCAAGAUUUUCUCAUUGGACUAUCGAAAAUCUAAAAGAAUCCCUGUGUGGAAAAUCUCUAUAAAAUACGUUUUGCGAGGAAAUUUUGUAGAAGAAGGGAGGCUUUUUUUAAAUAUCCCUUAAAAGGGAUGUUCCUUUGAAAGUCUACUCUCUAUUGUACGGCUCGUGAAGAUCUGAAAGAAAAUAUCCUUUAAAAGUCGUCCAUUAAGAAAAAUACCUCCAAAAGACUUCCUAUUUAGAGAACACCUUUAGGAGAUUAUCACUUCAUAAAACACCAUUUAACAACUCUGGAAAUUCCUUCAGGGUGUUUUGGAACACCUGAUUGAUGAUGUCAAUCGAAAUAUCUUUUCCAUUGAAGAGAAAGGCCCUUGCAGAGGAUUCUCCUUCUUAAAAAAAUCACUUGAAACUCAAAAACGAAAUAUUUUUUCCAUUAAAGAGACAGGCUCCUGGCCGAUUAUUUCCCCUUUCAAAGAAGACCGCCUGGAGCAAUUCUUUUUGAGAACUUAAAAAGGAGUUAAGAAGAAAUAUUUUUCCCAUUGACUAUUCCUAUAUAGCCCUCAAAAUUUACAAAAAAAAAUGACAAUUUUCCUUCAAUAGAAGACCGCUUGGAGCUAUUCUUUUUGAGAACCUAAAAAGGAGUCAAGAACAAAUAUCUUUUCCAUUGAGCUGAGGAUUCUCAUUCUAUAAAAAUCCCUUGAAACCCAAACACAAAAUAUUUUUUCCAUUAAAGAGAAAGGCUCCUGAUCGAUUAUUUCCCUUCCAAAGAAGACCGCUUAACUUAAAAAGGAGUUAUGAAGAAAAAUAUUUUCCAUUGAAGUUCACCAACUCCUCAAAAUUCUCCAAAAAAAAAUUGGUUGUAAAUUUGUUAUUACAAUUUAUCUCCCCACCACAUAGCCGACUUCUGGCGGCCCCCUGUUAAUAAAGCAUUUCUAAGACUCUUCUCCCGCCCCAAAAUUGUAUUGUAUUUGAAUGAUGAAAUCCACGAAAAAAAGAAAGAAAGAAAAUCGUUGUUUUUGUUUAUUAAGGGAGUUUGAUUUUUAUAUUUAUUUUUAUUCUUUUGUAAAAAUAAAAAAAAAAAACAUAAGCUUUUAUUCUAAAUAUAUAUUUAAAAACAAAAAAUUACAACAAUUUCGUAUGCUGUGCAUGCCUAACAAACAAACAUAAUUUCAAACACUCUUUAUUUUCCAAAAAAAAUGUUUAUUUUAAUGAUUUCUUUUUCUUCUAAUUAACAAUAUUAAAUUAUAAAAUAUAUAUUUUUUAUUAAAUAAAUAUCUCAUAAUUAUAGUGUGCGUGUGUAUGUUUCUCUUUUUUUACAAAAAAAAAAAAAAUAUAUUAUCCGAUAACAACCAACAUCAACAUAAAAUCAAGAAAACAAAAUAAUAACAACAAAAGAAGAGUUCCUCUAACAAAACACUGAAAAUUUUAAAAUUAAGCUAAAAAGAAAACAAUAAACGCAUAGACUUAAAUUGUAAUGUCAUCUAAAUUUCCAUUAUGCAUGAACGACAACAACAAGUUAUACAUAAUUAUUUUGUUUUUUUUUUUUUUAUACAUAUAUUUAUUGACAUUUCUAUUAUGUUCUUGUUUCAUUUUUUUAUUUCCAUAUACAUAUGUACACACAUUUAGUCGUUAUAUAUAUAUUUUUUUUUAAUUUUGCAAACAACUGCUUUCAAAUAAUUUCCAUAAUGUUCUCCAUUUUUUUAUGAAUUAUUUAUAUAUGUUUUUAACUACGCGACUUAUUUUUUUAUAAGAAACAAAAAAAGAAAAACGAUGUGAAAUAAUCAACAACAACAAACUGUAAUUUCAGCUUAUUUAGUUUUUAAUGUUAAAAAAAAAUCGAGAAAAACACAAGAAAAACUUAAUUCAGCUAAAAUUAUGUAUUUAUGCAAGAGUUGAAAAGAACAAAAAAAAAAAAAAAAACAACAAAA